AUGGGUGGAGGGUUGAUCUGCUGGAGGCUGCAGAUUGAAGACUCUGACAUAGACCAAGAGGACAGCCAUGUUUUCAGCCAAACCAGAGAUCAAGCUGUAAAACACAGGAGGAGGCCGCCCCCCUCUGCCAGACCCCCCUCCACCUCACAGCGUAACCCCCAACACAGCAGCUCCACAGACGAGCAGGAGAGCCCGGAGAGGGUGGAGCAGAAGGAGAAACUCCAUGCGGAGCUGAAGCAGGUGUUGAGUCAGAAAAGAAGUCGUCAGAGAGCUUCCUCCUGCCAGCUGGCACAAGCAGAGAUGGACUCAGAGCCAGCAGAGGAGCAGGCGAGGGUGGAGGAGGCCUCCAAGGCGGUGGAAGUCAUGAUGGAGACGGAGGCAGAGGUUGGCGCCAGCGGCUACAGCGUGACGGGUGGAGGAGAGCGGGGGAUCUUUGUUAAAGAUGUCCUCAAAGACUCUCCGGCUGCCAAACACCUGAGUCUGCAACAAGGCGAUCAGCUGCUGAGUGCUAAAGUCUUCUUCGACAAUGUGAAGUACGAAGACGCUCUCAGGAUCCUUCAGUGUGCAGAGCCCUACAAGGUCAGCUUCCAGCUGAAGAGGACCGUCCCUAAAGACGAGGUCAGCGUGCGACCAAGAGUGCCAAGUGUGGAGGUCAAAAACCCCAAAGUCAAGAUAGCCAAAAUGAGUGUGAAGGGCACGAAGCCAUUCAAGGCCCUUAAGAAAAGAGGUGGUCGUUUUGGUCUGAAGAGGUUGAAAGAGAAGCAGAGAGAAGAGCUGGUAAUUGAAGGAACUCCUCCACGACUGGAAAUGGGUGACGUGGAUGUGGAUAUCUCACUUCCAAAAAUCAAACAGAGGAAGAGCAGGACGUCCGAAGAAGAAGACGUCCGAGGAACAGCAAGCGUAGCGAAAGCAAAAAAAGGGAUCAGAUUUCCUCGCAUGAAAGUCAAGAAAUACACAAGAGCAAAGACAGAAGGGAAAGUGGAAACAGGGCAGCUAGAAGGACAUGUAAACAUCCCUCCAUCCAAAAUGCCUGAAGCUAAAGGGAAAACCAAAGGAAAAGGACACAAGUUUGGGAUGACAUUCCCUAAAACUAAACACAUAAAGUCAGAUCCUUAUUUAGAAAGUGGAUCGGUGGAGCUGAAGCCUCCAGAUGUAAGCCUCCAGACACCAUCUGUGGAGUUCAGUGUGUCACCCAGUAAAGACAAGGAUGUGGAGAAGAGAGGCUUAAAGUUUAAUCCCCCAAAUGUAGAGUUUGCACUCCCGUUAGCAAAACCUGAGGUGUCCUUGCCAAAAGUGAAGGGAUCAGCAGGAAUUAAAGCUCCCAAAGUUGAUGUAAAAGGAGAAGCCAAUGCAGCUGAAGGGAAGAUUAACGUGGAAGGCGGCAUGGGAGAUACAAAACUCAGAAUGCCUAAAUUGAAGCUUCCCAAAGUUAGAUUGUCACGUCAUUCGGAAGAGAUUGAUGGUGAAAUAAAGGUAAAGACUGAGGGGAUGAAAAUACCUCAUGUUGAUGUAAAAACAAAAGGAGAUGGUGAGAUUAGGCUUCCUGAAACACAUCUAACCAAACCAAAAGGAAAAGGUGAAGUUGGUUCUUUUGAACGUCCAUCGGUUGAUGCUUCUUUGCCCAAAGUUAAGUUUGGCACUGAUGGUUCUCUUCAAGGUCAUGAAAGAGCAGUGAAGACAGAAGUGAAGAUGCCUACCAUUGAUAUCUCUGUGCCAGAGGUGGAUCUGGAAUUUGAUACAGGACAAAGGCUUCCAGAUGAAGUGGAGGGCACCAUAAAAGGAGCUAAAAUCUCCAUGCCAAAGGUUGACAUCUCUUUACCAAAAAUGGGAUCUCCUGAUACAGAUAUUAAAUGUCCAGAUGGAGAAGGAGAGUUUAGUGUACCUUCUGUUGACAUCUCUGUCCCAAUGGUGAAAUCAGAUGUGGAUAUGGAUUAUUACGUUGGGGGAGAUGGAAAGUUCAAAAUGCCUGAAUUUGACAUAACUCUCCCAAAACUAAAGCCAUCAGAGCAAGAAGUAGAAGGGGGUUUCAAGUUACCCAAAGUGGACAUAAUUCUUCCCAAAUACCAAAGUGAUCAUGAAGGAGAAGGAACGUUUCAGUUACCAUCGAUUGAGAUGGAAGUCGACACUAAAGGUGUUAAAUUCCAAAAACCUGUCAUUUCACUGCCUAAACAUAAAAUAAAGGGAGAUGUUGAAAUGGAUGAAGGUGCUGAAAAGGGUGGAGAGUUCAAAAUGCCUUUAGUCAACAUCACCCUACCUGAGAUUGGAACAGGUGGGGCUGAAGUUGAUUUACAAAAACACAAGAUUCAGGGAGAGAAAAUUAAAGUGUCAUCAGUAGACAUUUCUCUUCCAAAUCCCAAAGGUGAGGUCAAUUUUGGGGGAAAAAUCAAAGGAGGUGUGAAUAUUCAAGGACCAAAAGUCAAAGGUGGGAAGUUCGAAACGCCCAAAAUUGAUCUCUCACUUCCUAAAGGAAAAGAACAUGGAAAUAGUGGUAUUGACAUUCACUCUGGAAUAGAUAGGAACAUUGAUGUACCCUAUUGUGAUAUUGGAGUUGAAGGUCCUGAAGGUAAAACAGGAAAAUUCAAAAUGCCCAAAGUUAACAUCAUUCUUCCAAAACUGCCAGAGGGUGAAGCCAAAAUUGAAAGUCCAGAAGACAAAGGGAAAAUUGAAAUGCCAACUACUGAUAUUUCUCUUCCUAAACAAAAACAAGAGGGGGAUCUUAACAUUGAUACCAAAGGAGCCACAAUUCAAAUGCCUUCUUCCAACAUUAAUCUUCCCAAGAUAAAAUCCAAGGAAGCAAGUACUGAUGUAAAGGGACAUAAAGGAGAGUUCAAAAUGCUGUCAUUGGAUAUUUCAGGACCUAAGAUUAAAUCUCCAGAGGUAGAUGUCAAACUUCAGGGUUCAGAUGUAGAUAUUUCACUUCCAACACCAAAAGGGGACGUUGACAUCAGUUUUGAAGGUCCUGAUGGGAAAGAUAGAACAUUAAAAAUACCAACAGUUGAUGUUUUAUUGCCAAAGGUAAAUGUUCCUGAGGGUGAAGUCACAAUAAAAGGACCUGAACUAAAAGGCAGGAAGAUUGAGCUACCUGACAUUGAUAUUUCACUGCCAAAAGGAAAAUUAGAUGGCGAGGCUGAUGGACAUGGUAGUAAAGGUGGAAAGUUCCACAUGCCUUCUGUGGAUUUCUCUUUACCUAAGAUUAAAACUAAAAGAAGAGAGGUCAACAUAAAAGGUCCAGAAAUUAAAGACGGAAGUAUCAACAUGCCUGAAGUUGAUGUUUCACCUCCAGAAGGAAAGGCUGAAGUUGAAAUAAAUGUUGAAGGCCCUGGUGUGAAAGGAGGAAAAUUUAAGAUGCCAAAGUUUGAUUAUUCCCUACUAAAGGGUGAUGUAUCUCCUUCUAAAAUAAAGGCUCCAGAGGUAGACGUCAACCUGAAGGGCCCUGAGAUUGGAGGGCCCCAGGUUGACUUACCAUCUGUUGAUAUUUCACUCCCCAAAGGAAAAGUUGAGGGCAACUUUGAUGUUGAGGGUCCUGAAGUCAGGGGUGGUAAGAUUAAGAUGCCUAAAAUUGAUAUGUCCUUACAAAAGGAUAACCUCCCAGAAGGUGAUUUGAAGAUAAAAGACCAAGACAUAAAAACAGGGAAGAUUACAAUACCAGAUAUUGAUAUGUCCCUUCUCAAAGGAAACAUAGGUGGAGAAAUUGAAGCUGAAGGACAUGUUGCCAAUAGAGGGAAAUUCCACAUGCCCUCAAUUGACGUAACUCUUCCUAAAAUGAAAUCAAAGCCACAUGACAUAGAUGUUGAGGUUCCUCAAGUCCAAGGAGCCCAGGUUGACUUACCAUCUGUUGAUAUUUCACUCCCCAAAGGAAAAGUUAGGGGCGACUUGGAUGUUGAGGGUCCUAAAGUGAAGGGUGGAAAGUUUAAGAUGGCAAAAAAUGAUGAGUCUUUACCAAAGGUUAACCUCCCAGAAGGUGAUUUGUCGAUUAAAGGCCCAGGCAUUAAAGCAGGAAAGAUUACAAUGCCAGAUAUUGAUUUGUCACUUCCAAAAGGAAAAGUAAAAAGUAGAAUUGAAGCUGAAGGACAUGGUGCCAAAGGAGGAACACUCCACAUGCCCUCAAUUGACAUAACUCUUCCUAAAAUGAAGACUAAGGGACCUGACAUCAAUGUUCAGGGUCCUGAGAUUGAAGGGUUUGACAUAAACAUGCCUUCUCUUGAUGUUUCUCUACCUAAAAUAAAGUCACCAGAGCUAGAUAUCAAUUUUGAAGGACCAGAUUUAAAAGGAGAAACUGUCAAAAUCCCAAGGGUUGAUGUUUCACUUCCCAAAGGUACAAUAGAGGGUGGCAUAAAUGUUGAAGGCCCUGAUGUAAAAGGAGGAAAAUUCAAGAUGCCAAAGUUUGAUGUUUCUCUACCACAUGUGAGUGUACCAAAACUUGAAGGACCAGACAUAAAAGGAAAAAUUGAAAUUUGA